AUGUUCAAAAAUAAAAUAACAUUAACAAACAAAAAUUUUCUUGGUAACAAAGAUAGAAAAAAGCUAGUUUUAAAUGUAAAGAGUACAUUUUUUAUAGAAAAAGAAGAAGAUAUAGAUGAAAUUUUAUGUAAAGAAGAUACGAGUGUUUGUAAGAUACAAAAUACAAAAAUAAUAGUAUAUUUAUCUAAAAAUAUUCCAGUUUUGUUUUGUAUUAAUAAUGUUAUAUAUCCAACUGUUUAUACAUUAUGGAGGUUUCCAAAUUUAAUUCCAUGUUUUGUAAUAUAUCCACCUGCAUCAGAAUAUUUAUUAAGAGGUGCAGAUUUAAUGAUUCCAGGUAUAUGUAAAGAAAUUGAUAAUUUAGAAAAACUCAAAGAUGGGAAUGUAUGGGGCGUUAGAGUUUUUAACAAUCCCUACAUUUUCGCUGUAGGACAAUGCUUGAUCGAAUAUAAAAAUAACAAAGAAUUGUACAAUUUAAAAGGAAAAUGUCUAAAAUUAAUUCAUAUAUUUAAUGAUGAAUUAUGGAAACUUGGUUCACAAAUUGUACCAGAUAAAAGCUUUAAAAAUAAAGUUAUUGAUUCCGUUGAAGAUAUAGUAGACAAUUUCAGUGACUUUAAAAUUUAUGACGAAAAUAGAGGAAAAAAAGAAAAAAAAGAAAAAAAAGAAAAAAAAGAAAAGAAAAUAGUGCAGAAAAAAGAAAAUAAAAACGACUAUUUUGGAUGGGGAAGUGAUACUGAUACAGAACAAGAAAAAGAAAAUAGUUCUCAAAAAUUUAAUGGUAAAAAUAAUGUAGGAAAAAUAAGGGAAGAGAAAAUAAAAUGUAAAAGUGUAUCAAACGAAAAAUAUUUAGAAAAUUUUUAUAAGCACUUUAAAGUAUUAAUAGAAAAAAAUAACGAAGCAAAAAAUAUAUCUUAUUGCUUAAACUAUGAUAAUAAUAAAGAAAAAGAACAAAAAAUGUGUGCUGAAAAAGUAAGAAAAGUAAGUAAAACAAAUAAUUUGGAAGAAGGAAAUGAUAAAAAGGAAUAUGAUAUUGAUUUUGGUGAAACAGAAAAAAAUGUAGAUUUAAAUGAAUUAGAUGAAAUAAAUUAUGAAUAUAUGAAAAAAGAUUUAAACAGUCAUGAAUAUUGCGAAAAAGAUAUUAAUCAAAAAGAAGAGAAAUCAUCUAAAAAUGGUCUUGAUAAUUGUGAUAAAAUAAAGAAAACUCAGCAUAUAAAUAAAGGUUAUAAAGACAUAGAACAAGAGGAGUUAGAAAAGAGAAGUGAUGAUUCAGAAAUUGAGCAUGAUGCCAAUGGUACAUACGAAAAAAAAAAAUUCAUUAAAAAUAGAUUUAAAGAUAUAGCAGAAGAAGAGAUAUCUACUAGAACAGAAAUAAGUAAAAACAUGUUUGAAUUAAAUUGUGAACAUCAAGAUUUAUUGUUAUUAUAUUUGUUUUUAGAAGUUCUGUAUUACUUAAAUGAUGAUAAUUUACCACUUGAUGUUUCUGGUAUUUAUAGUAGAAUGACUAAAGAAUGCACAUAUAUUCAUAAAAAUGAAAAGUUCUUAGAAGAAUUACAUAAAUGUAACGUAUCUUAUGAAGAUAUAGAAAAAAUAAAGAAAAAUGAAAUUUAUAUAACAUUAGAUGUAAAAAAAUCAAGUUACAAAAAGUUAAUAAAGUUUAUUCAGAACUGUGUGAAAUUAAAAUUAAUAAAAGUUAAAGAAAAAAGAAAUAUUGUAUCUAUAGUAAAUAUAUGUAAAGAGAAUCCCUUAUUAACUUCAUAUAAACCUACACCUAUGAAUGCAAAAAAAAAAAAUAAUGAGAAUGAGGAUGAAAAUAAAAAUGAAAAUGAAAAUCCCAAGACUGAUUUAAUUAAUAAAGGUGCUCAAGUAUUAGAAUUUUAUAUGCCUACAAGUAAAACGUUGAAUAUAUUUAGAUAUGUAGAUGUUAAAACAGAAAAGAAUUCUUAUUUUAAUAUAAUUCAAUUAAAAGAUAUAUUUAAAUCAUAUAUUAAAUUAGAAAAUUUGCAAGAUAAGAAAGAUAUGCAUCUAAUAAAUUUAAAUGAAACGUUGCGUUUAUCUCUAUCUAUUGAUGAUAAGGUUGAUAGAUUACCAUAUGAAACAAUUUUAAAUCAGUUUAUUUCAACUCAACAACCAUGUUAUUCAAUAAUUAAACCUUAUGCAAACUUUGAUAUUGAACCUAUCAAAAUAAUAAAAGGAAUAUGUCCUUCUAUUCAUAUUUAUUCUGUUGCAAGAAUGAAAGGUAAAAAAUUCGUAACUCAUAUAACAAAUCUAUAUUUAUUUCAUUUGGAUCUUAAUAAAUUUUCUGAAUAUUUGCAAAAGCAACUAGCAUGCUCUUGUACUAUUUCAAUUUCUCCAUCAACAAAAAAAGAAGAAGUAUUAGUUCAGGGUAAUGUAGUCAAUCAAAUAUAUAAAAUUUUAGUAAAUAAUUAUUAUCUUCCAAAAAAAUAUAUAGUGUUAAACUCAAAAAUGUAA